UGAGCAACGGAGACAGCGGAAACUCAACCCAAAUCUCACGGCCACAGAAAGACGAGGAAGGAAAAGGCGGUAGCCACCCAAGCGGGUUCACGGUAGGGCACAGAGCCGAAAGCUCCUUUUCUGUUCAUGGUUCCGUUUCGCGAACCAGAAAAGUUGCCACUGCUUCGGUUCUGAAUAAAUCCAAAGAACGAAUUCGAGCAUGGUGGUGCCUUGCCCCGUCGUCAAUCUCUCUCUGUCUCUGUCUAUUUUUCUUUUUGGGGAAUGCAAAGGGCAAGCUGAACAACUUGAAAGCUGACGGGAUCAAAUACGGGACCUCCCACAAGCAGGGAAAGCUUGGUGUCACUAAGCGUUGGCUUACCCUGUCAAUUUUAAUGUUACUAAAAUUUGGGAUAUUUUCACAAAAAAAGGGGUAUUAGCUUACCUGAGUGGUGUUGAUCUUGUUUGGGUUUUGUGUUUCGCCCCUUCACAACUGUUACUUGUUAGUUACGAUUCAGUGUCUCCCCUGGUAUGAAAAAAGAGUUCCUAACUUAGUAAUAUUAGAUAGAAGUUAUAAUGAAUGAAACUUGAUCGUGCGGUCGUUCUUUUAAAGAUGCCGCAAAAUACGCCACGGUAAUUGAGCGGCACAGGGAGCUUGUGAAAGUAAAAAAUUUGAUCUUUCUCCAAUCCUGGCCAGGAAGGCUAGAAGAUCAUGCCUCGGUAUAAGGAUGAACCCCCUGCGGUUCGCGUCUACACCGUCUGUGAUGAAUCCAGAUAUUUGAUUGUGAAGAACGUUCCAGCAUUGGGCUGCGGGGACGAUCUGUUGAAACUGUUUUCAACCUAUGGAGAAGUCGAGGAAUGUAAACCAAUGGAUGCGGAAGAUUGUGAGCCAUACACUGAUGUAUAUUGGAUAAAAUUUCGUCUUUUCAGCAAUGCCAGGUUUGCAAAAAGAAAGUUGGAUGAUUUUGUUUUCCUCGGGAAUCGACUGGUGGUCUCAUAUGCUCCUCAUUUCGAAAGCCUCUUGGACACAAAGGAUAAGUUAGAGGGAAGAAGAUGGGAGGUUUUAGGACGAUUAAAUCGUAAGUCCUGCAGUGGAGACAAUUUCAAAACAUUUUCUUUUUUUUUUUUUUUUUGUGAGGCUUAUACUUAUACUAGAAGAUCCAAAGAGUCGACGACUUUGAACACUUGGUCUCCCGUGAAGAGCAACACUGUUGUGAACUCCUCUCAGAGUAACAGCCUACCUCAACGUUUAGAUUCUAAUAAAAGGGAUUCUAGAGAACUUGAAGGAAGACCACUGAGCAGUAAUCCUCCUUUGAAAAUGGUUUCCUCGAAUGAGGAUUAUUUUGCUUCUCAAUCUAUGAAUCAAACUGUUAGGUUGGUGAGGGAGAAGCUUGAUAAGAUUCGAUCCAGUGGUGAGAAUAUACAAGCCGAGCCCGCAUCAAAGAGAUCAAGAGUUGACAAUAGAAGGAGAAUUUAAAUUUGGAGUUUCGUUUUUGUUCUAUUGGUCUCAGCUAGUUUUGUCUUGCAUCUAUGACCUUCGCCAGCACAAAAUAGGUGGACUUUACAUCAUACAGCGUCUGAAAAAUGAAUUGUACAGUCCCCAUUCAGAUGCUUGAGCUUUCCUUGCUCAUCAUUUCAGUGAAAAAUUCUUUCCUACACAUUGUGCACUGGUUGUUUGUGUAAAAAGUGAAUGAAAACUUGUUGGAAUAUUGCAGGAAUCGACCUGCUAAUUCUAUUCUGAUUAGCUUUAAUUA